UAGACACACACAAGAGGGGUCCGAGCGUGACUGUCAAAUCUAACAUAUUCUUCCUCCCUCCCUCUCUCUCUCUCUCUCUCUCUCAAGACUACAACUUUCUCUGUCUAAAGCUCUCUCAGAAUUCAGAGGGGCCUUGUUCCGGAGAUUCGAUCCAAUCAGCGAUCUUUUUCCACUGCUUCUCGGGAAUCCCUCGUCUUCCUCUUUCAAUCUGUGUCUUCUCCAAGAAUAUAUAAUGUUUCAGAUUUUCAAGGAACCACCCAUGGAGGCUGUCAUGAUUCCUUGCACAGACCUUGUCUUAUAUGCAGCAGAUGGAAUGUCUUAAAAAAUGCUAAACCUUCUCAUGUUUUGUCUGCGGUUUCUGGUUUGUGUAACUGUGCAAGCAUGUACAGGACUAGUUUUGAUUUGAUAGAAUUCAGACUCUGUAAAGAAUGGAGGGUGACACAUUUGCAGGACUUGGUAAUGGCACCCAGAUCGAUGGGAAGGUCUUUCAGACAUUUCAGAAGAGCUUUGUUCAAGUCCAGAAAAUCUUGGAUCAGAACAGGCUUCUCAUCAAUGAAAUAAACCAGAAUCACGAGUCUAAAAUCCCUGACAACCUCAGCAGGAAUGUGGGUCUGAUCAGGGAGCUCAACAACAAUAUAAGGAGAGUGGUUGACCUCUAUGCAGACCUUUCUACUUCCUUCACCAAAUCCGUGGAAGCAUCCUCUGAGGGAGAUUCUAGUGGGGCUUUGAGAUCAGAUGGCAAAGCUGGGCAUAAGCGAAAUAGGCCUGCAUAGAGACUCUCCUCUCCUCUCCUCUCCUCGAAAUUCUUUUUUGCAUGGUGGAAAACAAAAGAUUUCCACGAUUUAUGCUGUGUUGUUAGAGCAUGAAUAUGAUCAGUAGGUUCUGUAACUUGAUCUCUAUUGUAUCAGUGAAUGAGUCUCUAGUUCUUCACUUAACAUUUCGUAUAAAAAAUAUAUUUUUUUGGGA